AGGCGGUUUCGUACUCGAUAUGCUUGGAUGUGUGAGCCAACGGCUUACAUCAAGAACAACAUCUGUUCAAGCAUGUAGAUUCAUACGAGCACGGUGGGAACGUGGCUUCUACAAGGACCUGUACCAUCGGAGGCAACUUUUGGGCGCUGAUCCCUUCGUACACCGAUCAUCAUAUCCCAAUUGUGUACGUGCGCAUCACUGUUUUGGAGGAGUUGCUCAGAAAUGGCGUCCAAUCGAAACAUCGGUAGAUUCCAGCUCGCAGGAGUAUCAUCAGAACUACAGUCAGAUGAAAGAAUUAGUAGACGAUUUACGUGAAAAGAUAAGGAAAAUUGCUGAAGGAGGCGGUGAAAAAGCUCGAGCUCUACAUAAAAGCCGAGCGAAAAUGCUUGCUCGAGAGCGAAUAAAUGCCUUGCUCGAUCCGGGGACGUCGUUUCUUGAGCUGAGCCAAUUGGCCGGAUACCAAUCCUAUGGAAAAGAAGAAGUGCCCGCUGGUGGUAUAAUCACAGGAAUAGGCGCUAUAGCUGGACGUGUGUGCAUCAUCGUGGCAAACGAUGCGACAGUCAAAGGAGGAACGUACUAUCCCAUCACGGUCAAGAAACACUUGAGAGCUCAAGAAAUUGCGAGAGAGAAUGGGUUACCAUGUAUCUACCUUGUUGACUCUGGUGGUGCGAAUCUACCUCGUCAAGCGGAUAUUUUUGCCGAUAGGGAACAUUUUGGGAGGAUUUUUCACAAUCAGGCUACGCUUAGCUCACAAGGUAUCCCUCAGCUGGCUGUGGUGAUGGGCAGUUGCACUGCUGGUGGGGCUUACGUGCCUGCCAUGUCAGACCAGGCCAUCAUUGUCAAGGGUAAUGGUACAGUGUUUCUUGGAGGACCGCCCCUGGUCAAGGCAGCCACUGGUGAAGAGAUUACCGCCGAAGAACUUGGAGGUGCCGAUUUGCAUUGCUCUGAAUCCGGCGUCACCGAUUAUUACGCUCAUAGUGAUGCACAUGCCUUGCAUCUGGCUAGGAACGCUGUGGCAGGCAUGGAGAAACCAGAGGGGUCCGUGCGGUUUACUGAACAAUACGAAGAACCUCUAUAUUCUGCUGAAGAGCUGUUCGGUAUCGUUGGGGCUAAUCUUAAGAAGACUUUUGACGUUCGUGAAGUUAUAGCUCGAGUAGUCGACGGCUCUCGAUUUGAUGAGUUCAAGGAACGCUAUGGUGCAACCCUUGUCACUGGCUUUGCUCACAUCUUCGGCCAGUCAGUUGGUAUCUUGGCUAACAAUGGAGUUUUGUUUUCCGAAUCAGCAAUGAAAGGAGCUCAUUUCAUCGAGUUGUGCUGCCAGCGUAAAAUCCCUCUGCUUUUUCUCCAGAAUAUCACCGGAUUUAUGGUCGGUCGCGACGCUGAAGCCGGAGGUAUUGCAAAGCAUGGAGCUAAGCUUGUAACGGCGGUGGCUUGUGCUGCUGUGCCUAAAGUCACUGUGCUCAUCGGCGGUUCCUAUGGCGCCGGAAACUAUGGCAUGUGCGGACGAGCCUACAGCCCUCGCUUCCUGUUCACGUGGCCGAAUGCUCGUAUCUCCGUGAUGGGAGGUGAACAAGCAGCAAAUGUGUUGUGCACCGUACAACAAGAUAAGCGCAAACGAGAAGGAACAGUAUGGACAAAGGAGGACGAUGAGGCACUUCGGAGACCUGUUGAGGAGAAAUUCGAGAAAGAAGGCCAUCCAUAUUUUGCGUCAGCUCGUCUUUGGGAUGAUGGCGUCAUUGACCCACGUGAUACUCGCAAAGUCGUUGGACUUGCUUUCCAGGCGGCGCUACAAAAGCCCAUACCUGAAACGAAGUUUGGUGUGUUCAGAAUGAAUUACGGUUCAGAGGUGUACGCUUUUGGACACCGAAUUGGAGCCCCAGAAGUACAGCCAGAUAAGCUUGUCAAGGCACUGACAUGCGAAUCAUUUUUUACACGUGCUGAUGUUGAAGAAGGUGCUACUGGGUCAGCACCAAGUCAUUCUUUUGAAGUUGUUGAAGAAAGCAACUCGGAACUUAUAGCGAAGGGCCGCGGCGCCUUAUCACAUAUGGUACUGUCGUAUCUUCGAUCUCAUCUACCUCUUGCACCUGAGGAGUUUGUUCAAGCUGUUGCUGACCAGUUGAUAUCAGACGAGCAGCUUUCGAAUAUUGGGGGGCAUUUAGGUGUUGACGUACUUGUGCGCACCGCUGAACAACCACCCUCAUCUACGUCGAUUGCUGAUGCGUUUCGAGCCUUGUUCGCUGUUAUUGGGGAGCAACGAGCUAAAGUCCUUGUCAUCGACGUCAUCAUACCCCAGCUGAUUGAUAUCAAUUUUGCCGACGUAUACCCUCUCAGAGAACCUCUUGCAGUGUUGACUGAUCUUUUGGCAAAGGAGGGAGCAAAGGAGAUAGAACCAAGACUUUUGCGCUCAGCAGGUACGGUAAGCGCCCAACCAGUCUAUGUAGUGGGCAUCUACAAAGACAAGUCAGAAAUUGUUGGGCAGAGUGCUGGUGAGACUUUGGAAAUUGCUGUUGAUAUGGCUGCUCGGGAAGGCUUAUUACGUCUAUGGGGUAUAAUAACAGAGAGAGUAUUCUUUUUUGGUCAAAGAGCUGCAGAAGCGCCAUUUGAGAAGAUCGCAAAAGAAAAUUAUUUACUAAAGGAUAGAUGCAAUCCUAGUACUGAUUUAUCGGUUGAACCUCUUGCUAAUACUGAGCCGCUCAAUGUGAUAGAAGUUGCUAUGCGCUAUCGUGAAAGAGUCGAAGCCAUUGUUGGUAGAAGCUAUACUAAACGAUUACGGCACAAAUUUUCACGAGGAUCUCUUGCGAAACGCUCAUUUAGAUAUCUAGUGAAACCGAAGGUCUACACAGUGUCUUAGGGGUUAUGAUAUCUACUUUUGUUAUCAUGCUUAUGUAAAAAUGUAUCUGUUUCUCUUUUUUUGUAUCUGUAUUUGUAUUUGUAUCUCGUUUUUUUUGCAAAAUAAUUUGAAGAUAUCGGAAAGUUCGACUUUCUAUAAAUCUCGGCAUGAU